AUGUCGGCGCCCAUUUUUGCGCAGGAGGCGACGCAGGAGCGCGCGGAGAAUGCGCGUCUCUCGUCGUUUGUGGGUGCGCUUGCGCUGGGAGAUCUCGUGAAGAGCACGCUGGGUCCCAAGGGCAUGAACAAGAUUCUGCAGUCGGUCGGCUCGAGUGACAUUGUUGUCACGAACGACGGCGCGACGAUCCUCAAGUCGAUCUACCUGGACAACCCCGCGGCGAAGAUUCUCGUCAACAUUUCCAAGGUGCAGGACGACGAGGUCGGCGACGGCACGACGUCCGUGUGUGUCCUCGCCUCCGAGCUGCUGCGCGAGGCGGAGCGGCUCGUGCAGAGCCACAUGCACCCCCAAACGAUUGUCGACGGCUUCCGCAUCGCGAGCGAGGCGGCGCUGCGCGCACUCUCGCAUCAUGCCAAGGACCACAGUGCGGAUGCGGACGCGUUCCGCAAUGAUUUGCUGAACAUCGCGCGCACGACGCUGUCGUCCAAGGUGCUCUCGCAGGACAAGGACUACUUUGCGAACCUUGCCGUGGAUGCGGUGCUGCGCCUCAAGGGCUCGACGAACCUGGAGAACAUCCAGAUCAUCAAAAAGCUGGGCGGCAAGCUGACCGACAGCUACCUCGACGAGGGCUUUAUCCUCGACAAGAAGAUUGCGCCUGACUCGAUCAAAAGCCUCGAGAAUGCCAAGAUCCUCAUCGCCAACACGUCUAUGGACACGGACAAGAUUAAGGUGUUCGGCGCGCGCGUGCGCGUCGAGGGCACCGGCAAGCUCGCUGAGAUCGAGCGCGCGGAGCGUGAGAAGAUGAAGGCCAAGGUCGAGCGCAUCAAGGCGCAUGGCAUCAACUGCUUCGUGAACCGCCAGCUAAUCUACAACUACCCGGAGAGCCUGCUCACGAGUGCGGGCAUUCUGUGCAUUGAGCACGCAGACUUUGAGGGCGUCGAGCGCCUCGCGCUCGUCACGGGCGGCGAGAUUGCCAGCACGUUUGACCGCCCUGACCUUGUGCGCCUCGGCGAGUGCGCCAAGAUCGAGGAGGUGAUGAUCGGUGAGGACAAGCUCAUCAAGUUCUCGGGCGUGCGUGCGGGCGAGGCAUGCACGGUCGUGCUGCGUGGUGCAACGUCGCAGAUGAUCGACGAGGCCGAGCGCUCGUUGCACGAUGCGCUCAGUGUGCUCAGCCAGACAGUCAAGGAGACGCGCGUCACGUAUGGGGGGGGCUGCGCGGAGAUGGUCAUGAGCCAGGCGGUCGACGAGGAGGCGCGGCGGACGCCCGGCAAGAAGGCGCUUGCCGUCGAGGCAUUUGCGCAUGCGCUGCGCCAGCUGCCGACGAUCCUCGCGGACAAUGCGGGUCUCGAUUCGUCGGACCUGGUCGCGCAGCUGCGCGCCGCGCAUCACGAUGGCAAGGACGACCUCGGCCUCGACUUGGACCAGGGCAUGCUCGUAUCGAUGGCGGAGCGCGGCGUCACGGAAAGCUACAAGCUCAAGCGCCAGGUCGUUGUGUCGGCGAGCGAGGCGGCCGAGAUGAUCCUGCGCGUGGACGACAUCCUGAAGGCGACGCCGCGCCGGCGCGAUGCGCACUAG